GAAUACAUGAUCAGACACGUUCCAGCUAUCAGGUAAACUCGACCCCGCCAUUAUAGCCAUGACGUGUGUAAAAAUGUUUCAUAAUCAAAUGAUUUGGGAAAUCCAGAGUCAAACAUAUCCACAUCCGAAUUCAAAACAACUCAUUUAUUUCCAAAUGAUUUGGAAAUAUAACUCAAUCUUUAGCACCCAUAACCACGGAUCACUGUGAUUGAUGCCUGCAGCUUCGUCCUCUCGCCCAUCCUCAAUCAGAACUAAUCAGUAUUAGAAAUCAAAACCCUAAUGGAAUCAGGGGUGGCUGAGGAUAUUUCAUCCAAAAGCAAAUCGAAUUCCGCCUCCCAGGAUUCAAGUUUUGGGUUGGGGAGUUACAUUUCGCCUCUGAAAUGGCUGUUUCUCGAUCACUCCAGCUUGUGGCGGGCCGGGCUCUCGUGGUCCAUCUUCUUCGUGCUCAACUUCUGCGUUCCAAUCGCUUCCCACUUUCUGUUUUCUUGCUCAGAUUGUGAUCCCGCUCACCAAAGGCCUUAUGAUGCGAUUGUGCAGCUUUCUCUCUCAUCAUUCGCAACUGUUUCUUUCUUUUGUCUCUCUUCUUUUGCGCGGACAUACGGCUUUCGGAAGUUUCUGUUUCUGGAUAGGUUGGGUGAUGAGAGCGACAAGAUUCAACAAGGCUAUGCUCAACAGUUCAAUAGAUCAAUGAAACUCCUGUUGAUUUUUGUUCUCCCCUGUUUCCUCGCUGAUAGUGUCUACAAAAUAUGGUGGUUCAGCACAGUGGGAACUCAAAUUCCUUAUCUGUAUAACAUAUACUUGAGCAAGGCUGUGGUGUGCAUGCUGUUGAUGUGUUCGUGGCUCUACCGAACCUCAAUCUGUUAUGUUGUAUGUAUUCUCUUCCACCUUACAUGCUAUCUGCAACUACUCAAAUUGGAGAGCUAUGCUCAUGUUUUCGAGGGAGAAUCUGAUGUUGCUUCUAUCUUGACCCGACAUCUGAGGAUCAGAAGAAACCUUCGGGUCAUAAGUCACCGGUUUAGACGGUUCAUCUUGUUAACUCUGAUCACUGUGACAAUGAGCCAGUUUAUCUCCUUGCUUGUUACAACCGAACCAAGCUCUAAAAUCGACAUAUACACAUCUGGAGAACUCGCGUUAUGCUCGAUCACGCUGGUAACAGGGCUUUUUAUCUGCUUGCGCUGUGCAGCAAAGAUAACGCAUAAAGCUCAGGCUAUCACAUCACUUGCUGCGAAAUGGCAUGCCUGUUCCACAAUGAGUUCGCUUGAUGAGAUGAAUGAUGAAACUCCCCGGGCUCAGAAUGCUUCAAUCGGGACAGUGUAUCCAGUCACUCCUGACUGGGACUCGGAUAAAGAAGGAGACGAAGAUGAUGAACUGGAUGAUACAAGUUCGAUGCCAAGUUAUGCAAACACUAUAUCAUACCAGAAGAGGCAAGCUCUAGCAAAAUAUUUUGAGCACAACAAAGCCGGAAUUUCAGUGUAUGGCUUUAUGCUGGAUAGGACCCGACUGCACACUAUUUUUGCCGUUCACCUUUCUCUCACACUAUGGAUAUUGAACAAGACAAUUGGUGUCUCAUAAGUUAUAUGUAGUUAGUUGCUGUAUAGAUAUAUAUAUGUUUACUAAGGUUUUAGUUGGAUUUUAGCACAUCAUGUCACGACUUGCUAAAGCCUCUGAGUUUCAUCUGUAACUUUACUAGUAAGUAGGACAUAGUGUUUUUUAGAAUGAAGUAAGUAAGACAUAGUUAUGUCGUGGUUUCGGCUUUCA